UCAUCCCACUCUCUACUUCUCCCCGCCGUGAGCGCCCCGGGAGGAGCCCGGCCCCGUUAUACCUUUGCGUGCUCCCUUCCCUCCCCCCUCCCCUCCCGUCACUCACUGCGCGUCUUUGAGGAUGCACGCAGGCACAGCGCGUCUUAUCAGUCUGCCCUCCCUCCCUCCGCCAUCAUUCAUUAUUAUCCCUCUUUUCCUUCCCACUAGCCUCACAGGUCGCCAUAACCUGCUCGAGACUUUUACCCGUUUCCGCCGUUUGGUUUUUAACCCCACGUGUAACGUUUACCGAAGGGAGGCAGAUCAGUGUGUCGGUGCCCCCUCCCUCCUCUCCUCUCUACCAGACAGAGACAGACAUGCUCCACGGUGGGUGCUCGCGCUUCCCGCCUCCUUUCCCCUCCGGGAGUCGAGAGGUCUUCAAAUGAGACCAUAAAGGGUUAUAUCUUCUGACAGCAACCCGAGACUGACCAACACAACCACAGACCUCCCACCGUGUUCCCACAGUAUGGUCAUGUCUGGUCUGACCAGGUCCAGCAGUGUACACAACGAUCACAGCGGUCACAACCUGUCCUCAACCACAACCACGCACGGUCACCACCCCGAUCAGAGCGGUGCGGUCGCCGUGGGCGGUUGUGGUCUCACUCCGGUCCUGGACUAUACGGCUGAGAUGGAGCGAUACCAAUCCUUCGCUAACUUCUACACUAAAACCAACGUGAACGCUGUUAACAGCAUGAACUUCCCUCAGUCGGCCAAGCUCGCCCACAUCACCGCUCCUAUGUUCCCCGGCGGCAGGCUUGGAGUGGCGGGCGUGUCGCCGUGGGGUUGUCAUGACAACAUCAACAUGAACGUCAACGCGGCGAUGCUUUGGGGGCGGAAACCUCCCGUGCAUCAGACCACGCCCCUAGCGCCGCCCACAACACACCCGUCGCCCUCGACAACGCACAUGCAGCCCCACCGGACCGGCGGCGUGGCAGGCGGUCAGGGUGGAGAGGGCAAGCAGCACGCAAGACAUGGAGGACACGCCUCCUCACAGGGACAGGAAAUGCAUCAUCAUCACGGGAAUAACAACUUCCAGUCCGGCUAUGCUGCCGCCAAUCACAUGACCAAACAGGGCCAUGCCCACCAGGACAUGCUCAGCCUAUCGAAUCGCAGCAGCAGUGGCAACGGAGGAGGAGGCGGAGUCAACGGGGUCAACAUGUCCAACUUCCCCGCCGGAAUGUUGGGGUUACCACCCGGAGUCAUCGUCAUGGCGAUGGGGUCGCACAAUAACAUUUCGGACUCCUCCCACUUCCAGAUGACGACCAAUCAUAACCAACUUCUGUCGGACUGCCACCAUGUCAACCAGACAAACCCCUCACCCUGCUCUUCAACCUCGCCGGGGAUGACCUCUGGGGGUCAGGGGUCAGGAGCCUCCAAGAGGAAGAGGAAGCGGUGUGGAGUGUGUGCCCCCUGCAGAAGACUGAUUAACUGUGGGGUGUGUUCAGCCUGUAGAAACAGGAAGACAGGUCAUCAGAUCUGUAAGUUCAGGAAGUGUGACGAACUGAAGAAGAAGGCUGGGAGUAUACAGCUAGAGAGUCCUCCUUCGGUGCCCAGUGGAGAAGCUUUCAGAUGGUUCUUCUAGAUGUCAGACUACAACCUCACUCCAAAUGUGACCACAACCUCACUCCAAAUGUGACCACAACCUCACUCCAAAUGUGACCACAACCUCACUCCAAAUGUGACCACAACCUCACUCCAAAUGUGACCACAACCUCACUCCAAUGUGACCACAACCUCACUCCAAUGUGACCACAGCCUCACUCCAAUGUGACCACAACCUCACUCCAAUGUGACCACAACUUAAUCUCAACAUGACCACAUUGGCACUUCUUCCCCUCCUCACUCAGACAGACAGAGCUCUUAUACCUCCAAACCCAUACCCAACUUGGAGACUUUACAGUCAGUGGUCUAACCACGGUUGAAUAGUGUGAUCUAACCACGGUUGAAUAGUGUGAUCUAACCACGGUUGAAUAGUGUGAUCUAACCACGGUUGAAUAGUGUGAUCUAACCACGGUUGAAUAGUGUGAUCUAACCACGGUUGAAUAGUUUGAUCUAACCACGGUUGAAUAGUGUGAUCUAACCACGGUUGAAUAGUGUGAUCUAACCACGGUUGAAUAGUGUGAUCUAACCACGGUUGAAUAGUGUGAUCUAACCACGGUUGAAUAGUGUGGUCUAACCACGGUUGAAUAGUGUGAUCUAACCACGGUUGAAUAGUGUGAUCUAACCACGGUUGAAUAGUGUGAUCUAACCACGGUUGAAUAGUGUGAUCUAACCACGGUUGAAUAGUGUGAUCUAACCACGGUUGAAUAGUGUGAUCUAACCACGGUUGAAUAGUGUGAUCUAACCACGGUUGAAUAGUGUGAUCUAACCACGGUUGAAUAGUGUGAUCUAACCACGGUUGAAUAGUGUGAUAUAACCAUGGUUGAAUAGUGUGAUCUAACCAUGAUCUCCCAACUCCACUGAUCAUGAUACUUUCCUACUACUACUAUACUACAGUGGACUAC